CCCGUACUCUCGCGAGAUGUACAGAGGGCACGUCAGGAAGGUAUCAUGGCGGCUCGUGUAGGCCGCUCGCACGAGGCGUAGCCGGAUAAUGCAUUUUACCUGGUGUCCAAAGACCUGUUUCUGUGGGCUUGAAUCUGAUUAAGGCCCUGUCUUGUGAGCUGGCAUUUGAAAGCUGUUUAUAACAGUAGCAAAAAUGAACAAUAAAGUGGGUUAUUUGAUAAGGACAAUCAGACAUUUGCAUGUAUGUGGUUCUAAACUGGGUCCCAACUUUAGAACUACAAUGAGGACAUACACAUUAGGGAUCAGUAGACGUAAGAAUGCCAUACAAAGUGUGAACCUGAGAAGAUUCCUGUUAAAUGUUCCUCCUCGGCGGCUUGAACCAUCUCUCCGAUUGCUGUCUCAGGGGGUGCCUGUUUAUAGUAAAGGAGAUGCCACUGUACAAGAACAGAAUGCUGCAAAGACUCUAUUAGAUGAACAUGUGCAAAGUUCAUCUAGUGCCGUGGACCCUCUAGAAGAAGAUAGAAGUGUUGUUGAAGAGAAUCUGGUAGUGAAGAGCAAACGGAGUCAGUCACAACAGUUCUUUGAUGACCUUCAAAAAUGCACAUCUCCCUGUGAUGUAUUAGACCUAGUUUCAAAGUAUGCUAUUUCUGAGAAGCAUUGUAGUUCUUGUUUUAAUGCUAUGUGGAUGCUUACCAAAAAGCUAUCCGAAGACCAGAAGCGUUAUGAGAAACAACUGAUGGUCGAGCAUCCUGAAUUUAUGCAGCUAUGUCAGUGUCUGAUGAAAAAUUCUAGGAGCAUGUGGUGUGAUGACUUGGUAUACAGUCUACAUGCUGUGGUGAAGCUAGAGUUACCCCAGAACACUCAACUGGUUCAGACUUUGCUGAGGGUCUGUCAGGAGCGCCUCAAUGAUUUUGAUGACCGAUGUGUCGCUGUUCUGGCAGCCACCUUGGCAACCAUGGGAAAAAGCAGAAAUGUGGAUGCUCUUCAAGCCGGAUUACAGUUACUGGUGGAGCAGCGAAUUCCAAAGAUCAGUAACAUUUUUAUGUUGCAAAGCUUGAUGAAAUGCUUUGGGAAAGAUGCCCCACUCUCUCUCAAAAGGAAAUUUGAGGAUAGAGUUUUGAGAGAGCUGGACCACUUGACUCCUGUGAAUGCUCAAAACAUGUUUAGUGCUCUGGCUGCGAUGAAUUACUGCUCCACCGUAAUCCUGGAUGCCUCGAGUAACAAAAUCAUUGAGAGUAUCCAUGGUUUUUCAUUUUGGCAGCUAAUCCAUGUUCUGAAAUCAUGCAGCAUCCUCCGGUACCGCAAUGUGGUUCUGUAUUCUGCAAUAGCAAACUACGUGACUUCCCACAUCUACAUGUGGGACACUAAUCAGAUUGCCCUGUUUUUGUCUGCCUUCGGGGGACUUCGCUUUCGACCUGUUGAGCUGAUGGAUAUUUUGGCUGAGAAGGUGACAAGUCAUCCUGAAUCCCUGGACCUGAAGUAUAUUCUAGGUGUUCUCCGGGUGUAUUCACUUCUCAACCAUGUUCCCAAAUGCCAAAAUCAGGAGUUCCUGGAGUCUCUCAACGGUGCCUUGAAUAACUACCUCACCAGGAUUUCUAAUGUGGAUCUGCUGAAGGCAGUGUAUUCAUUUUGCAUUUUAGACUAUUUGCCCCAGCCUGCACUUAGUCAGCUCCUGCAAGAGGACAACCUCAACGAGUUACUAAAAUCAGAUGGCCUCAACAAGGAGCAGAAUGAAAUGAUGGUGCACUGUGUGAACGUGUGUCUGGAACUUGAUAGUCCUUCAUUCACCAAACCAGCAACUGUGUUUAUAAAGAAACCCUUCUCACCUUUGGUUUCUGAUCUCCCUGAGGUUCAGAUGGCUCUGCUGAAACUUCUGGGAGAUGAGCGUAUGUUUCAGCAAAACAUCCAACUGCCAUAUGAUUACAACAUUGAUUUUGAAAUCAAAAUGGAUGCAGACAGAAAAAAAGUGCUUCCAGUAACUGAAGUAGAUGAUCCUGCCGAUGCUCCAGAUGUUCAAAGAGUGGCUAUUCUCUGUGCUUCUCCGUCUGCUUUCUGUUUUGGCACAAGACACCCCCAAGGCAAGCUGGCAAUGAAGAUGAGACAUCUGAAAAAACUCGGCUAUCAUGUGAUACUGGUCCACUACCAGGAGUUUAAAAAUCUGAAGAAAGAAGAAGCAAUUGAGUGUUUGAAGGGAGAAAUCUAUUCAGCAGAUGCUUUUCCUGUUUCUGAUGUGAAUUUGCAGGAUACUAUUUAAAAUGGACUGGGAACUUCAGAUCUCCUGCUUUUUUCCCCAUCACAGACAUUGACAAGAAGAAGGAAGCGGUUUCAUAUAUUCCUGAAAAAUGCCUCAAGACAUUGUACCCUGUAGAAAGUUUGUAAAUUCAACUAUAUCUACCAAAGGAGUUCUUUAGCAAAUAACUGCUUCUAUUGCCAAGGCUCCUUAAACAAUAAUUGACUGCAUUUAAAAAAAAAAAAAUUGAAAAUCUCAAUUUUUUUUUUUUUGUUUAAUUACAUAUAGGCUACUCCAGUGGGCUAAACUUCUCAUGUGUUGAACUGGGGAAGUGUAACAAUCUUUCAGAGCAGUUGGGACUAUGACUGCUUUCACUGUAGUGAGAGUGGAACAACAUGAGUCAGUCCGUCAUUAGCUUUCAGUAAGAACUCCAGCCAGAAAAGCAGUAAAUCAUUAGAUAUUGACUGGAGUGGAAAAUCGAAACUCCCAAAUCUCUGGACAAGUUUGUAACUCAAAAAAUAAUUUUCUCGUCUUGUUUUCAGAAGUCUGGGAAAGCAAAUGAUUCUUUAUUCUCCAUGCUUCUUCAGUCUCAAGCUUUUCCCUCUGUUAUAAAGCGCUCUGAGACUCAUAGAUGUAAGAUUCUGUCCCUCAUAUAAAUUGCCUUGUAAAUGUCA